AAUGAGAAUUUUUUUUAAGAGACUCAGGGGGAUUGGGUAGAAUACUUGAAGGUCUAGUUUAGAAUGAAGUGUUUAGUUCCACCGCACCACAUUGUGUGCAUUUUGAUUUUGCCACCUUCCUUUACCGAUUGAUGAUCAUAUCUUUCCUUUACAAUCUGAUUUUGUUUCCCAGCUUUCUCUCCUUCAAAUACAACCGACCACCAUCCAAUUCCAUUUUUUAUUAGGGUUUUCAAUUUUGUGCAUGCCGCAUCCGAGCCUGAUCAACUGUGGAAAUGGGUGCUCCAAAGCAGAAGUGGACUGCAGAAGAAGAAGCUGCCCUUAAAGCUGGGGUUCUUAAACAUGGGGCUGGAAAGUGGCGAACUAUUCUUAAAGACCCUGAGUUUAGUGAAGUCUUGUACUUACGUUCGAAUGUGGAUCUCAAGGACAAGUGGAGAAAUAUGAGCGUGAUGACGACUGGAUUCGGGUCUAGGGAGAAAUCUAGGGUAGCUCCUAAAAGAAUUCCAAUGCCAUCCACACAUGUUAAGCAAGAGGAGAACGUUACUAGUGCUAGUGAUGUUCCCCUAAGUGAUGAAGAGACUCCAGAUGUUAAGCCUGCUGUUACUCCAAGUGCUGCUAUCCAGAUUACAUUAGCCCCAAAAAGAUCCAUUGUAAGGCUGGACAACCUUAUAUUGGAAGCUAUAGUCAACUUGAAGGAACCUGGCGGUUCUAAUAAAACUGCUAUUGCUUCAUAUAUAGAGGAUCAAUAUUGGGCACCUUCUGAUUUUAAACGAGUAUUGUCUGCAAAAUUGAAGUUUUUGACAUCAAGCGGAAAGCUCAUUAAGGUUAAACGGAAGUAUCAAAUUUCACAGUCCUUUUCAAUUCCAGAGAAGAGAAAUCUUUCGAUGCUUGGCCAGGAAGGCAGGCAGUUGAGUCUGCCAAAAAUAGACAGGGAUGAAUUAUCUAUGCUAAAAUCUCAGAUUGAUCUGGAGCUUGCUAAGAUGAGAAGCAUGACCCCAGAAGAAGCUGCUGCUGCUGCUGCUCGUGCUGUAACUGAGGCAGAGAUUGCUAUAGCAGAAGCUGAACAAGCAGUCAGGGAAGCGGAUGAAGCCGAAGCAGAUGCACAAGCAGCACAAGCAUUUGCAGACGCAGCAGCUAAGAUACUUCGAGCGAGGAACGCUUCUAAGACAACGCGAGCUUAAUGAAAACUUUUUGAGGGGAUUUUGUGCAUCAUUUAUAUUUGACUAUAUAAACACACAUCGCUAGUUGCGGAGUCAUGUAAAUGUGCCUGUCAAAGUACAAUUUUGGUCUCAUUGGAAUCUUGGUAACUAUGUUUGUAAACAUUUUUAUGUAUUUUUCUGCCGCCAUGUUCGUUUGGCUGUCGCAGGAUGGUAUCCCCAAGGUAAGCAGUGUUGUAGUUCUUUUGCAGGUCCUGUGGACUGUUACCCUCCUGCAAUCAUUUAUAUACGUUACAUAGUAUUGUUGUUGCAAUAUAUUUGUAAAUUAAACCACAGAAUAAUUGAUGAUGUUGUGCUUUCAAACUUUCGAAUUUCUGUAAA